UUUGACUGGGUACACGUCAGUGCUCAAGAGCCUCUCUAUCUGCCGCCUGAGAUGCCUCAAGGAUCAUACAUGAUUGUGAUUUCCUCAGACCAUGACCCCGGAGAAAAGACUCGACUCCAGCUUCCUACAAUGAAGGAAAAUGAUACUCACUGCAUCGAUUUCAGCUACCUUUUAUAUAGCAAGAGUGGGACAAACCCGGGAACACUCAACAUUCUCGUCCGAGUGAACAAAGGGCCGCUGGCUAAUCCCAUCUGGAACGUCACUGGCUCCACUGGCAAAGACUGGCUUCGAGCAGAGCUGGCUGUCAGCACUUUCUGGCCAAAUGAGUAUCAGGUAAUAUUUGAAGCUGAAGUCUCAGAAGGGAGAAAUGGCUACAUUGCCAUUGAUGACAUCCAGGUUCUGAGUUACCCUUGUGAUAAAUCUCCACAUUUCUUGAGGCUGGGAGAUGUAGAGGUCAAUGCAGGGCAGAAUGCUACAUUUCAAUGCAUUGCUACAGGGAGAGAUGCAGUGAAUAACAAGUUAUGGCUUCAGAGAAGAAAUGGAGAAGAUAUUCCAGUUGCUCAGACUAAAAAUAUCAAUCACAGAAGAUUUGCUGCUACCUUUAAGUUGCAAGAAGUGACAAAAACUGACCAGGAUUUAUACCGCUGUGUAACUCAGUCAGAAAGAGGUUCUGGAGUGUCAAAUUUUGCUCAACUUAUUGUUCGAGAGCCACCCCGGCCCAUAGCACCCCCGCAGCUGCUUGGUGUGGGGCCUACAUACCUGCUGAUCCAGCUCAAUGCCAACUCCAUCAUCGGCGAUGGACCCAUCAUUCUGAAAGAAGUGGAGUACCGCAUGACGUCGGGCACCUGGACGGAAACCCACGCUGUCAACGCACCGACAUACAAACUCUGGCACUUGGACCCAGAUACCGAAUACGAGAUUCGGGUGCUGCUCACCAGACCAGGAGAAGGAGGAACUGGGCAGCCGGGACCUCCGCUCAUCACCAGAACCAAAUGUGCAGAGCCUAUGAGAACACCUAAAACCUUAAAGAUUGCUGAAAUCCAGGCCAGACACAUUGCUGUGGACUGGGAAUCCCUGGGGUACAACAUCACGCGCUGCCACACUUUCAAUGUCACCAUAUGCUACCACUACUUCUGUGGGCACAACGAGAGCAAGGCGGACUGCUUGGACAUGGAUCCCAAAGCACCGCAGCAUGUCGUGGAUCACCUGCCUCCCUACACCAAUGUCAGCCUCAAAAUGAUCUUAACCAAUCCAGAAGGGAGAAAGGAAAGCGAGGAGACUAUUAUUCAGACAGACGAAGAUGUGCCAGGCCCCAUCCCUGCCAAGUCAGUGAAGGGAACUCCUUUUGAAGAUAAGAUCUUCCUCAACUGGAAGGAACCCAUGGAUCCGAAUGGCAUCAUUACUCAGUACGAGGUCAGCUAUAGCAGUAUACGAUCAUUUGAUCCGGCAGUUGCAGUUGCAGGGCCUCCGCAAACGGUGUCAAAGCUGUGGAACAGCACACACCACGUCUUCUCACACCUGCACCCUGGUACCACCUACCAGUUCUUUAUCCGCGCGAGCACCGUCAAAGGGUUCGGACCAGCAACCACAAUCAAUGUCACAACCAACAUUUCAGCUCCCACCUUACCGGAUUAUGAAGGAGUCGAUGCAUCUCUCAAUGAAACUGCGACCACAAUAACUGUACUAUUGAGACCAGCACAGGCCAAAGGUGCCCCUAUCAGCGCCUACCAGAUUGUCGUUGAGGAGCUGCACCCGCACCGAACAAAGCGAGAAACGGGUGCCAUGGAGUGCUACCAAGUCCCUGUCACUUACCAGAAUGCUGCUAGCGGAGGAUCACCCUACUACUUUGCUGCUGAACUGCCCCCGGGCAACCUGCCCGAACCGGCCCCUUUUACUGUGGGUGACAACAGGACCUACCAGGGCUUCUGGAACCCACCGCUGGCACCUCGCAAAGGCUACAACAUCUACUUCCAGGCCAUGAGUAGUGUCGAGAAGGAAACCAAAACCCAGUGUGUUCGAAUAGCUACAAAAGCAGCAGCAACAGAAGAACCUGAGGUGAUUCCAGAUCCCGCUAAACAAACAGAUAGAGUGGUGAAAAUAGCAGGAAUAAGUGCUGGAAUUCUGGUAUUCAUCCUGCUUCUCCUCGUUGUCGUACUGGUCGUCAAAAAAAGGAGGAGCUACUAUUCUUACUCCUACUAUCUCAAACUUGCUAAGAAGCGCAAAGAUGCUAUGGGGACCACCCGACAAGAGAUGACACACAUGGUGAAUGCGAUGGACAGGAGUUAUGCUGACCAGAGCACCCUGCAUGCAGAAGAUCCCCUUUCAAUCACAUUUAUGGACUCUCAUAACUUCAGCCCCAGAUUGCCCAAUGAUCCACUUGUGCCGACAGCUGUGUUAGUGCCUAUUACUGAUGAAAAUCACACUGCAACAGCAGAGUCCAGUCGUCUUCUGGACGUCCCCCGUUAUCUCUGCGAAGGCACGGAAUCCCCUUACCAGACGGGACAGCUGCACCCUGCCAUCAGGGUGGCCGAUUUAUUGCAGCAUAUCAACCUGAUGAAGACCUCUGACAGCUAUGGAUUUAAAGAGGAAUACGAGAGUUUUUUUGAGGGACAGUCGGCUUCUUGGGAUGUUGCUAAGAAGGAUCAAAACAGAACAAAGAACCGCUAUGGAAACAUCAUAGCAUAUGACCACUCCAGGGUGAUUUUGCAACCUGUUGAGGAUGAUCCAUCUUCAGAUUACAUUAAUGCCAACUACAUAGAUGGAUACCAGAGACCAAGCCACUACAUUGCAACCCAAGGUCCAGUUCAUGAGACUGUAUAUGAUUUUUGGAGAAUGAUAUGGCAGGAGCAAUCAGCUUGUGUUGUGAUGGUCACAAAUUUGGUUGAAGUUGGGAGAGUCAAGUGCUACAAGUAUUGGCCUGAUGACACAGAAGUUUACGGUGACUUUAAAGUGACUUGUAUAGAGAUGGAGCCGCUUGCAGAAUAUGUCGUCAGGACGUUUACUCUAGGAAGGAGGGGUUACAACGAAAUCCGUGAAGUUAAGCAGUUUCAUUUCACUGGCUGGCCAGACCAUGGAGUUCCUUACAAUGCCACCGGCCUGCUCUCGUUCAUACGGAGGGUCAAACUGUCUAACCCUCCUAGUGCAGGGCCCAUUGUUGUGCAUUGCAGUGCUGGUGCUGGACGAACAGGCUGUUAUAUUGUGAUCGAUAUCAUGUUAGAUAUGGCAGAAAGAGAAGGUGUUGUGGACAUCUACAACUGUGUCAAAGCUUUGCGUUCCCGUCGCAUCAACAUGGUGCAGACAGAGGAGCAGUACAUCUUUAUUCAUGACGCCAUUCUAGAAGCUUGUCUGUGUGGAGAAACUGCUAUUCCUGUCUGUGAAUUCAAAGCUGCAUAUUUUGAUAUGAUUAGAAUAGACUCUCAGACAAACUCUUCACAUCUCAAAGAUGAGUUCCAGACGCUGAAUUCGGUGACCCCGCGCCUGCAAGCUGAGGACUGCAGCAUAGCCUGCUUGCCAAGGAAUCACGACAAGAACCGCUUCAUGGAUAUGCUGCCACCUGACAGAUGUCUGCCUUUCUUGAUUACUAUUGAUGGGGAGAGCAGCAACUACAUCAAUGCUGCUCUUAUGGACAGCUACAGGCAGCCAGCGGCUUUUAUUGUCACGCAACAUCCUUUACCAAACACUGUGAAAGAUUUCUGGAGAUUAGUGUAUGACUAUGGCUGCACUUCUCUUGUGAUGUUAAAUGAAGUCGACUUAGCACAGGGCUGCCCACAAUACUGGCCUGAAGAAGGAAUGCUGAGGUACGGCCCCAUCCAAGUGGAGUGCAUGUCCUGUGCCAUGGAUUGUGAUGUGGUAAACCGUAUUUUCAGGAUAUGCAACCUAACAAGACCACAAGAGGGCUAUCUGAUGGUCCAGCAAUUCCAGUAUUUGGGAUGGGCUUCUCAUAGAGAUGUACCAGCUUCCAAGAGAUCUUUCUUGAAGCUAAUCCUCCAGGUUGAAAAAUGGCAAGAGGAAUGUGAAGAGGGGGAGGGACGGACCAUCAUUCAUUGCCUAAAUGGUGGUGGCCGGAGUGGGAUGUUCUGUGCCAUCGGAAUCGUGGUGGAAAUGGUGAAGAGGCAGAACGUGGUUGAUGUUUUCCAUGCUGUGAAGACCUUGCGGAACAGCAAGCCCAACAUGGUCGAAACUCCAGAGCAGUAUCGUUUCUGCUAUGACGUUGCAUUGGAGUACCUGGAAUCUUCUUAGUUAGAAUGGAAGUGAUAAAGUUCACCAAAUAUAUGAAUCUCAAUAAGCUGUUUUGACAACAGUUCUUGAUCCUGUGAAGAAAGAUUUUAGGGGAAGAGGGGGGAGGGGGAUUUUAAAUUUUAAAUGCAAAGUAUUUUUCAUAUGAAGUUGUGUAUCUUAAUAAAAAAACUCAAUCUGUUUCUAUGCCUGUAUACAGUAUCAACAUCUAGUGCCACAUAAAUACUGUUUAAUGAAAAACAGAGUCAGAAGAGAUUUGCGCAAAUUAGGACUUUUCAGUGUUUGUAUAUGCAGCCGUCUCUCAAUUACAAUAGAGCAACCAUCUGUUGCAUGUAUCAAUAUUUCCUAUAUGGUAUUAAUUUUCUUUCUUUUUCUUUUGAUACAUUGUUAAAGUAAAAUAACAGUGCAGAUUGAUAGUAAGGUUCAUUCUUUAUACGUUUCAAGUGUUGCAUAUAUAUAUAUUAUAUAUAGUAAAAAACUGGCUUAUUUUGUUUUAAUGUGCAAUGAUGGCUGGAUCACAUAAAGAUCUUUAUAAAGAAACUUAAACAUAAGCCAAAGACUCAAGUGUAAAUAUGUCUAUAUUGAGAAAGCACAUGUAUUUAUUGUUCACUUGCAUUCCUUUUUUGAUGGCUGAAAAAAAAAAGAAGAAUCAUUUUUCUUGAAGAAAGCUUUUUUUGCUGAAAUCAAGUGUAAACAAUUUUUGUAGUUUAUUUUUUGUAUGUUUUAGUGUAAGUAGAAGACAUACUUUUUAUGCAUAGACCAGGAAACAUCGGUAUAGUGGUUUUGUUGUGUACAUGCUUGUGAUUCAAAUCCAUGUAAACAACUCACUUAUAGAAGGUCUUUAACUAUAGGACCAAAAUCAAAACAUUUUGCUGAAAAUGUAUAGUUUUUCACAGUUGCGUUAGUUAAAUACCGAUCAAAAGACUCUAAAUGGAAGGACACACAUCAGAAUGGCCUUGCCUAUGACUUGCACAAUAUUGGAAGUAAUUUUUAAGCACCAUUAUAAUUUCAAGAGAAGCAAUUGUUUAAAAAUAAUCAAGCACAGAUCAAAAGGACAGCUGCUGGACAACAAGAUGGCACUAGGUAUGCCCUUCAGGGUUAAAGGUAUUUGUUGAGCAAGUUGUAAAAUUAAGCAAUGUUUAUUUUGAUGUUUACAAACAUGUAAGCUCUGCUUCCGAGAAAGCAAAAUUUGAAUAAAACAAUGCCAGAUUCUGA